GGGACAUCAACAGGACUGGACGAUGGUGUGGUCGACGACCCUCGCGCGGCGAGGAUUCUCCAUGCAAGUGUUCAAUCGAGCAAUGAAACGCACACAGAAGAACAACGUGGCAGCGUUGGCCGACAGCAAGGAGUUUGAAUACCUGCGCGAAGAAGUGGCCAAGCGGCUCGUGGACCGGCUGCAGGACAUUGACCGAGACUUCCCAUCUGCGCUGGAUCUGGGUGCAGGCAGCGGGCAUGUCUUCAAAUCGUUGGCGCAAGACGCAGGACUAGGCGGGAUCACGCACCUUGUGCAAAUGGAAGCCGCAGAACGACUGCUCCUGCGCGACGCAGACACCGACGAAGACAAGCAACUCGUGACCAACUUGGCCACCCAACGCAUCUGCGGCGACGAAGAGUUUUUGCCGUUCCCAAAGCAUCACUUUGACGUGGUGCUAAGUUCAUGCAGUCUGCACUGGGUGAACGACCUCCCCAGCACGUUUUCCCAGGUGCAUGACAUCUUGAAGCCCGACGGCGCGUUCCUCGGCGCAGUGCUUGGCGGCGACAGUCUGAUGGAGCUCCGGAGUGCAUUCAUUCUGGCCGACCAAGAGCGUCAGGGCGGGAUCAUGCCGCACAUUUCGCCGUUUCUGAACGUGCCAGACACAGGCAACUUGCUCCAAGGCGCAGGCUUUAGCUUGCCCACAGGUAUUUGUCGAUAGUUAUGCACAAAUGGGUUUAAUAUUAUAGUGUAACUGCCCUACCUACAGUCGACACGGACUACAUCACGGUCGAGUACCCGAAUGCGUUCUCGGUGAUGGAGCACCUCCGCGGCAUGGGCGAGAACCACGCGCCGUUCGCGCCGUCGUCCGGACAUGUGUCCCGCGACGUGCUGCUGGCCACGGCAGCCAUCUACCAAGCCAUGUUUGGCAACGAAGACGGAUCCGUCCCAGUAACCUUCCAGGUACAGACCAUGGAUGAGCAGUGUUAUGAAGGAUGAUGCUUGGUGGGUAGGUGAUCUAUUUCAUUGGGUGGAGUCCCCACCAAAGCCAACAAAAGCCCAAAGCGCGCGGGAGUGCCACCGUGUCGCUCAAGGAUUUGCCCACCGUGCACCACUCGUGCCAGCGAAAGUAACCGCACUCGCACUCUCGGCAUCGGCUACGGCUAGAACUGUAAACAUAAAUUACGGUAGUACCUCGUUAGGGUCCAAAUCAAUCGGGAAUGAUGCUCAACUUUCACUGUGGUUCCGUAUAAUUUCUAAACACCUAUAUCUG